AUGCACCAGUGGAUGACCGAGUUUAGCAGCAUUCCAACCUGCCAAGACUAUCUGCAGAAAUAUCUGCGGCAGCUCUGCCUCUGCGCCUUCCGGAAAGAUGUCUUUACGCAGAUUAAGGCACUGCUGAAGCCGGAGUCCGCGACCGCUGCCCUGGCCGGUAACCACCCCGCUCUGUUGGCCCAGUCUGGAAGACGCGCUCCCGGAGCGAUUCCGGCCACCCCACAUCACUUUGGGGAACCGGACGGCCGUCAAGCAUAUUAA